CGAUCUUAACAUUCUUGACACCACCAUCUGCAACAUCUGCACCAUCCGCACCACCCAUAGGUACCAUCCAUCCCAUCCAUCCCAUCUCUCUCCUUCCCAAACGCCAUAAUCCACCAAUCUGAAUGGCCAAUCGCGCCGUUCCGAAAACAACCGAGGUGAUCCCCGGCGCAGUUGUGAACAUCGUUCUCAAAGCCGAUCAGCGCACAGGUCGAGAAGUGAGGGGAACCGUUCGCGACGUCUUGACACGCGGGGAUCAUUAUCGUGGUAUUAAAGUCCGACUUGCCGAUGGGCGCAUCGGCAGAGUCCAGAGCAUCGCUUCAGGCGCCUCUUCUACCCCCGCUUCAUCUUCAGAUCCCGAUGGUGUUACCUUGAUAAGUACAGGUACAGGUACUUAUACUUCAACGCCCGCUGAAGAUGAGUCGACCGAUUUAGCCAAUCGGACAGUUCAAAAUCCACGUGGGCGCCGCCCGCGUUACAGAGACAUGCGACUUGAUGAACCACUAGAAGCGCCACCGGACCAGACUGAUCUAGGCGCGUACAUCGUGUCCACCAAGCGCAAGGGUAAGGGUAAAGGUAAAGGCAAGAAUAAGAAUGUUCCAAAUGAAUCUGGCCAGCAAGAUGAUCCUAUGCGACAAGAUGGUGUAUCAGGAAGUAACAAUUCGAAUUCGGUUAUGGAUGUAACUUCAGCCACAUCGACUUGUCCAGUUUGCGGCACUUUCGAAGGAGACGAGACGGCUGUGGCUCACCACGUCGCGGAACAUUUUGAAUGAUGCAAACUAAUUGACAACCUUUGAGAUGAACAAUUUGACGGUGGCGAUUAUACCAAAUGAAUUAUGUGUGGAUAGGAAGGACUCGGAAGGCUUUACUUUGACCAUACUCGAGAGCUUGGAUGCACUCCUUCUCAUUUUUCAAAGCUGAUGUCACUCUUGAGAUCCCCCGGAUUGACCAACCUUUUCGCGAUCGGUCUUGACCUUCAAUCAUUACCUUAUACUUUCU